UUAUACUCAAARAACUCACAGACGCCAGCGUCAUGAAAAUGUCAAUUAAUUUGCUGUAUGUUGCGAUAACACUCUUCAAAGUUAAUGUUAUCAUUUCUUUUAAACUCACAAUCCUGCAUACCAACGACCUUCACUCAAGAUUUGAAGAAACUGAUGCAUUUGGGGGACAAUGCUUCACCAAAGAUCGCAUCGCUGGUAAAUGUUAUGGCGGAGUGGCUAGAAGAGCAACAAUUGUUAAACAAAUCAGACAUCAAYAAGCGAAUGUAGUUCUACUGGACGCUGGUGAUGUCAUGACUGGCACACUGUGGUAUGAUAUUUACAAAGGAAACGCUACAUGGACCAUGAUGAAUGAACUGAAGUACGAUGCUAUGACACUUGGAAAUCACGAUUUUGAUGACGGACCCGCAAACACAGCACGAUUUCUAAAGCACCUAAACUUUUCCGUUGUGAUGUCAAACGUAAACGCAAGUAAAGAACCUCUGUGGUCUGGACCUCUUUACGUGAAUUACAAAGUUCUGGAUGUUGGAGGUGAAAUGGUUGGCAUAAUUGGUUAUGUCCUCAGCUCUACACCCUAUGUUUCGAAACCUGGUCCUGGUCCAAAUAUACGCUUUCUUCGUGAGGUUAUUUCUUUAAGGACAGCUGCUGAUGAGCUUCGACGGAAAGGUAUCAACAAGAUAAUUGCCGUAGGCCAUUCUGGGAUCGUGAUGGACAAAAAAAUUGCUGAACAAGUUGGUGGUGUGGAUGUUGUAGUAGGAGGACACUCCAAUACCUUCCUUUAUUCUGGAACACCUAUCAAAGAACUUACACCUAAAGGACCAUAUCCAAUAGUUGUCCAAUCAAACGAUGGCUCUAAGGUCCCUGUAGUCCAGGCUUAUGCAUAUGGGGUCUAUUUAGGAAGACUGGAUCUCGAGUUCGAUAGCCAAGGGAAGGUUACUAAAUGGAGCGGACAGCCCAUUUUAUUGGAUAACAGCGUUGCCAAGGAUACAAGGAUACAGAAUAUUAUAACGAGCUUGAAGYGAAGAGUUGACCAUGUUUCGAAAGUGAAACUAGGCAGGUCACUUGUAUAUCUUAAUGGUGCCCGAGUUGACUGUGGUGUCAAGGAAUGUAAUCUAGGAAAUCUUGUAACUGAUUCGAUGGUAUUUCACUAUGCCAAUAAAACAUCAACAACCAAUCAAUGGACACAAGCAAGCAUCGCCAUUACGACUAGUAGCAGUAUAACAGCAUCCAUAGACGUCUUGCCAAAUGAAUAUAUAACAUAUGGUCAUACAAUAAAUAGUCUGCCAUACCGCAACACUAUUGAUUUAGUUCAACUGACAGGCACUGUAUUAAGGCGUGUGUUUGAACACUCUGUAUCAUCCUACCAUUAUAAGGAGCCUCAAGGGCGUUUCCUGCAAGUAUCAGGUAUUAAGAUAAAAUAUGAUAUCAGCAAACCAACAGGGCAAAGAGUUACAAGUGUUCAGAUGGUAUGUUCACAAUGCAGAGAGCCCACUUACCAACCUCUGAAUGAGACUGCUCUAUAUAGUGUGAUUGUCAGUUCAUAUAUGGCUAAUGGGGGAGCUGGAUUUACCAUGAUCAAGGAAAAACGAGUAWCACACCAAGUUGGUUCAGCCAGAGAUAAUGAAGUGUUAGCUAAUUACAUUYAGAGUGUUAGUCCAGUGUUGGUGGGAAAUGAGGGUAGAAUAUUGUUUUACCAAAGUACUUCAACGAGUACUGGUCACAUAUACAGCACUGAUAACAUACUUGUCAUCAGCACUUUAUUCACUAUAUCUGCAAAAGUAUGUUUCAGCCUGUAAUAGUAGAGUGAAGUCAUUAGAGCCGACACACGUUGACUGGCACUAACAAGACUAAUUUGAUAGUGCUUUGUGUWAUAAGAAAACAAAUAGACCAGGUUCCAGRUCCCAAAACCGAGGCUACUGACCAAAUACUUAUAGCAACAAAGUUUAAAAACUAUUUGAGCCAUGCCAAAAUUACGCAAAAAUACAUUUGUUAUAUGGUUGAACGACAUGAAAAACGAAUAGAGAAAUUGAUGUGUCGAAUGUACUGUUCAAAGACAUAGUCAAACUGAUGCAAUACUAAUGACAAUAACCAAUAGUACUUUUUUCACCWUUGGUGUUCUUGCUUGAAAGCAUUAAAUAUGGCAUAUUGUUUGUAUGGUGUACAUUAUGUGUUUCUACAUGAAUUAUUUUGGACUCCAACAAAUGGAAAUAAACCAGUCUGGAACUUCAA